AUGGCUUUCCCAUACUAUCCACAAGAAAGCUUUGUCGCGACGACCUUUGCCCCAGGAUCCUUUUGGGCACGUCGUCGCGAAGUCGUACGGACUCAGACACUGCGGCAUCAACUGAACAUGCUCAAAACCACAGGGAGAUAUGACGCUUUCAAGUUAAAAUGGCACCCAAGCUAUGGAGAUCCUCCCACGGUGUAUCCUGUUCCAAACCACCAAUUCUGGGACUCUGAUGUGGCCAAGUGGAUUGAAGGAGCUUGCUAUUUGUUGAUAGAUUAUUAUGAUGCAGAGAUAGAUGCAGCUGUGAAGGAGCUAGUGCAGAUGAUCCAGAGUGCCCAGCAUCCUGAUGGAUAUCUUAACAUUCAUUAUUCGGUUGUCGAGCCAGGCAAGCGCUUCACCAAUCUGCGAGAUAUGCACGAGCUAUACAACGCGGGUCAUCUCAUUGAAGGUGCACUUGCCCAUCAUCUCUUCUACAAGAAUGAUGACAUGCUGUCUCCCAUAUUGAAGUAUGUGGACCUUCUUGCAGCAACGUUCGGAAACCAUGAUGCUCAAAUCCCGGGAUAUCCUGGACACCCAGAGAUUGAACUCGCUCUCCUGAGGCUGUACAAAGUCACAGGAGAUGAAAAGCAUCUCAAGCUUGCUCAAUUUUUCAUUGAAGAACGAGGGAAUCCGUCCAGUGGAAGCACAAAUAGGCACUACUAUGACAUUGAAGCCGAAGCAAGAGGCGAGAAAGAGCAUGAGCGACCUGCCUACUUCCCCGCUGCCAGAAGCUACUCUUAUCAACAGGCACAAGUCCCAAUUGUGGAGCAAGAAACCAUUGAAGGACACUCAGUCCGAGCCAUGUACCUGCUCACAGCAGUGACAGAUAUGAUUCGCAUAUUCCGACCUGACAGUAAAGUGGGAGCCACUUUCUUACCCGUUGUCAAUCGGCUUUGGUCCAACAUGGUGGAGCAAAAGUCCUAUGUCACUGGUGGAAUUGGAGCCAUCAAGCAAUGGGAAGGCUUUGGCCUUGACUACUUUUUGCCUCAUGGGACUGAUGAGGGUGGUUGCUACGCAGAGACAUGUGCUGCAAUUGGAGUCAUGAUGCUUGCUGAAAGGCUGUUGCAGAUCGAUCUCGACAGCCAUUACGCUGAUAUAAUGGAGUUGUGUCUUUAUAACGCAGUAUUGACUGGUAUGAGUCUGGAUGGUAAGGCAUUUACCUACGUGAACCAGCUUGCUUCCUCGGACAAGGAUCUUUCUGAGCGCUAUGAAUGGUUCGAAUGCGCUUGCUGUCCACCAAAUGUUACACGUACUCUGGGCUACUUGGGUGGGUAUGUCUGGAGUCACAGUGCGACGGAAAGCAGCGCCGUUGUCAAUGUGCAUCUAUAUACCUCGGCCACUCUACGUGUUCCUAUUUCGGGGUCAGUAGUUGAAAUCACCCAGAAGACUGAUUGGCCUUGGAACGGCGAUGUUUAUUUCACCAUUGAGACAAAUGGACCCCCUGUCGACCUUGAGAUGAGGCUGAGAAUUCCUGGCUGGGCAGAUUCGUGGGAGAUUACCCCGAGUUCCAGAUCACUAGAUAUCCAGAAAGGAUACUUACAUCUAAAUGCCGAGUGGCUUCAACAAAACUCCCAAUUCCGACUUUCUUGUCCAAUGCAACCACGAGUCGCCCGGCCCCAUCCACUCACCAACCAGCCCGUGGCAUACAUCACACGAGGGCCGAUUGUGUACUGCGUGGAAGACUACGAUCACCCAUGGGAAGAGAAUCAUUUCAAGAAAACUAUACUUGACCCCAAUGCUCACUUGCGAGAAGAGACACGAUCUGAGCCCGAUCAGUACGUGGCUAUUAUUGCCGAGAAUGGAGCCAAAGGCCAGCUUGACGCAUCAGCUUGGAACAAACAGAUUGUGGCCGAGGCAGGGAUUAUUGUCACCGGAGAAAAGAGGGAUCUGUGCUAUAUGCCGUAUUACUUGCGGGCCAAUAGGGGUGGAAGAGGACAGAUGAGGGUGGGACUACGUAUUGAAUGA